AUGUCAUUUGGAUUUCAAAAUAUCAGUGUGUCUAGCAUUCCGAACACUACUUUCAGCUACGUAUAUUCGAACACAUCUAAUACAACAUCCCGAACGCCGGAUCAUGUCUUUGUUUGUAAAUGGCAUCUACCAGUAAUCGAGUGGUUAAAAGUCGCUAUGUUAACAUUUGGUUUUAUUGGGAACGGAUUGACAUCUUUCAUCAUUACUUUGAAAAAGAAUUUACACAGCAAAACGUACGCUGUCAUAGGUUUUCUCGCUCUUUCAGAUUGUGUAUACUGUUUGGGUGGAUUACUGUGGGGUCUUUUGUACUAUGCCUACAUGGACCCAAAUAACUAUAGGAACCUACAGAAUUGUACUGGUGAAUUCUUAUACAAAUACUUAAAGAAAUUGAUUAUGGUUAUGAUAUCUUCAACGUACCUUGCCUCUGGCUUUUUAAUUGCUGCACUAUCAGUGUUUCGGUACAUCAUAAUCUCUUACCCACUGAAAGCAAACAUUCUACUGACAAAAAACAUUGUUAUAAUGACCAUCAUUGGAAUUUUUACCGUGUCCUUUAUCUUAGGAGUCUUAAAAACCUUCGAAUUUAACGAGAAAACUGAGAAAACAUUGGAUAUUUUGGUUUCUUAUCUCGCACCGCUAAGCGUCAUGGUGAUAUUCCAUGCUCUAAAAAUAAUUAACCUCAAAAGGAAUAGUCUGCAGACGAAAAAUUCCUCGGUACGAAAGAUGGAAGUAGUUGUUAUCAUGGUUGUGCUUGCUUUCUUUCUUCUGCUUCUGCCGUGGCACGUGUUCUCAAUCCUUUUCGAAUUUGGUCUUUACACUCCAGAAUAUGUGACACAAACUAUUUCUUCUCUACUCCUCCAGCUCAACAACUGCAUCAACCCAGUGUUUUACGCCUUCUUGUCUCCUCGGGUCAGGGAAGGAAUUUGCCCUUGCUGUGUCCGGAAGAAGAAUAAGACGAGAAAUAUGACAACCACUCAGUCUUCAUCUAUAACGAAUAGUUUAAGUUGUUCUUCAGUUCAUUCAACAACUUUCAGUUCAUUUCAACCAAACAUCUAA